AAUGGGUGGAGGUCCCAGCCGUGUCGGAGCCAACGCGCUGGACGUUGUGCCGCCGAGCUGCUGUUUCGUUCCGGCAACGGAUGGGCGCUUGCACUUCCGCGGGCGCAUUGUGAAGAACAAGGAAGGCGUUUGUUUCGAUUGGCCUUGCACAAGCUUCAAGUUCAAGACCUCAGCCUCACGAGCUUGGCUUCGAAUGGAUGGUGGCAGAAACUAUUUCAACGUCUUGAUCAAUGGAAGCCUGGUUUGCGUGCUGAAGACCUUCUCGGCAGUCAGGGAUUAUCUGGUGCCAACGGAUGGCGAAAGCAUCGUUGAGGUACAGAAACGAACAGAGGCAAAGAUUGGGAGUAUAACUCAAAAGGAAACGAGCUCCGUGACGUUGCACGGGCUGGUCCUGGAAGAUGGUUCCUUGGAAGAUCUCCCACAGGACACUCCGAAGCGCUUGGAGUUUCUGGGCGACUCGGAAACCUCAGGCUUUGGAAAUCUGGGCCCCAGUCAACCAGGAGUACCAAACCUCCGUUCUGUGCUCACAGUGAAUGUGGCACACCAAGAUGCAAAUCAGGCUUGGCCAGCACUGGUGGCCAAAGCCUUCGGUGCAGAUUUUCACAACAUCUCAUGGAGUGGAGCCGGGGUCGUUUGGAAUGCUGGCGCGGGCUGUUCGGCUGACGCACCAUUCCAUGAUUUGUACUCCCGAGCUCUGGGUAGUUCUCAGACAACGAGUAUUGACGGUGAGUGGCAACCUGAUGCAGUGGUCCUUUAUUUGGGUGGAAAUGACUGGUGGUCUCUCUCACACAAAGGUGAAGAGCCUCUCAUUGCAGGCUUCCGACGAUUCCUACGGCACUUGCGAGAACACAGAGGUCCAGAUGUUGCAAUUUGUAUUUUGCUUGCGUCGCCUGAGUCGGUGUGCGCUUGCAUCGGAAGCUUGGAAGAUCAAAGGGCCUUUGCUGCGGACAUGUCUCGAUGCUGGCGUGCAGCCGCCGAACAAUUGGAAGAUCCAAAGGUCUACUGGGACGUUGUGGAUCCAAAGCCUCCAUGUUCGUUGUCGGAUCCCGCCGACUGGGGACAGAUGGGUCACUGGUCAGUGCAGGGAAAUUCCAAAUGGGCGAAUGCCGUGAUUCCCAUUUUGGAGUCUCGAUUGGAUUGGUCCAGAAUCUGAGCCCUGCAGCGCUCGCAAAAAAAAGGGC